AUGCAACAAUCUCUCAGACUACUCGCCCGUUCCGUUUGGAAAGGUCCGAAUAUUGUACCUCUUCCAAUCAAAGAAGCUAUGGCAAAAGGUACACCAAUAAGAACAAAUGCUAGAUCAGCUACAAUCCUGCCACCUUUUGUAGGGCUAAAAUUCCAAGUUCAUAAUGGAAAGGACUAUGUUGCUUUUGAAGUUACGGAAGAUAUGGUGGGAAGUAAAUUAGGUGAAUUUGUUCCUACAAGAAAGAGAUUCAAAUACACUCAAACUAAGAACAGCUGA